CAGUGCGGCUUGUUCGUUCACAUCCACGUCGAGCAUGCUCAGAGCGUAACGACCUUUGAAAUUCCAACCUGCUCUGGAAUUUCGGCUUAUAGUCACACCUUCGUGGUGUUGUUCUAACAGGCAUGGCUACUAUCGUCCUAACAGAAGCUUGUUCAACCCAUAUUAGUGGCCACAUAACCCUGACGUCCCCGAAACAAGAGGAUGCAUUGGAGCAAACCCGAAGGCGUAUCUGCAUCACACUCGCGCGCAGGCUCGUGAACACACUGGAAAAGAAACCAGAAUCGGAUUUCUUGCACCUGAUAGAUGAGACUGUAGAAGCCUACCAUCGCCGACUAGGGAAUGCCAAAGGGACUGCCCAAAAACACGCCAUCCGCCUGGAUGAGCCACAUGUAAUUCAUAAAAGCGCGUCGAGCAAUGUAGAGCGCGAUCAACGCAAAAUAAUACGCAAAAUUGACUCCAUCGCCAUACCUGCCAGCACUCCUAUCAUAGUAUCUAACUUCGCACCAAACGCUCUCGCCUUAUUUUUCCCACUCCGCAUAUCAACACAACGCUAUGAUUUACCUAUACAAAUACAGCGUCGAUUACCCAGCCUUGUUCAAGAGGGGAAAUGUCUGCACCAGCUGGGCUCACGUUCCAUCGUGAAGUUGAAUGACUCCGUGGUGAUGAAGAUGGGUCGUAAUCUCGGCCACGAAGAAGAGAGCAUCCUUCAAUACGUCGCAAAGCACACGUCGAUUCCUGUCCCGACCCCUUUGGGCAGUUUCGAUGUGGGUGAGACAUCAUGCGUCCUCUUCUCGUAUGUCCCAGGGGAGCAACUGGAUAAGCGAUGGCCCAGUCUUCAGGAUCACCAGAAAAUAUCCAUACGCCGUCAGUUGGACGAAAUGAUGGUUCAAUUACGUCGACUCCCACAUCCUUCAGGCACGCCUCUAGGAUCACUCUCGCGCCCUCACGUCUGCAAAGAUAUUCACAUGUUCUCGAUCACAAGUUCUCCUAAUAUAAUGGAUAUGACUACCUUCCACAACUUCCUCAUAUCAAAACCACAUCCUGGAGUUGCGCUGAGGUAUCUUCGAUGGCUACGAAGGUUGCUCAGAGAUGACUAUCGGAUCGUCUUGACUCAUGGUGAUCUUCACAUGCGAAAUAUCAUGGUGGAGGACGCACCGAAUGAUGAGAUCCGAAUCACUGGUAUCAUCGAUUGGGAAUUUGGUGGAUGGUAUCCCGAAUACUGGGAGUUGUAUAGGGCGCUCAAUACGAGAGGAGGAAGAGAUGAAAGUGAUUGGUGGGACUAUUUGCCACAAGAGAUCUUGGGAUACGAUCGCGAAAUCGUGGAACAUCGAGUGGUCGAGCUGUCUAUGAAGUACUGAUCGUUCCCAAAUAGCCCCUCGUGUGUCCGGGCAAUCCCAGUAUCCAUUCCCCAACUCUAUGUUACGACAAUAUACCUGAUAAUCGACAUACACUCAGAAAUCUCUGUAAUCAGCUUCGAGCUCAUCCCUCGCCGUAUCGGCCUCGUGAUCCCCGAUCAGCCCCUCCUCGUACAAUUUGUCCACACAUUCAAUAAUCCAAUCCUGACAUGUCCAACCCAAAGCCUUUCCUAUCGGCACUUUUUUAAGGACCCUCUUAAUAUCCUCUAUCGUUUCUUCGGCGUCGAUGGCGUCGGUUAUCUGGAUAGACUUGAUAUAUCGAGCACUUUGCAUAGGAUCGGCGUCCAAUUCUUCGAACUCACAACGCCCAGUCAGAUCCGUUACU